AUGAGUUGAUUAACAAGAUGAGUUUUUUCUACUAACCAUAAAGAUAUUGGAGUAUUAUACUUUAUCUUUGGUAGUUUUAGUGGAUUUUUAGGGACAGCUAUGUCUGUGAUUAUUAGAAUGGAAUUAAGUAUUCCUGGUAGUCCCUUUUUAGCUGGAGAUUCACACUUAUAUAAUGUUAUCGUAACUGCCCAUGCUUUUUUGAUGAUUUUUUUUUUGGUGAUGCCUUUCUUAAUGGGAGGGUUUGGUAAUUUCUUUGUUCCUUUAAUGAUUGGAGCUCCUGAUAUGAGUUUCCCUAGAAUGAACAAUAUAAGUUUUUGAUUAUUACCACCAUCAUUAAUUUUAUUAGUAGCUUCUUCAUUAGUUGAAGGAGGAGCAGGUACUGGUUGAACGGUUUACCCACCAUUAUCAAGUGUAGAAUUCCAUUCAGGAGGUUCUGUAGAUUUAGCUAUAUUUAGUUUACAUUUAGCUGGAGUUUCAUCAUUAUUAGGUGCUUCAAAUUUUAUAACAACAAUAUUAAAUAUGAGAGCUCCUGGUAUGACAAUGCAUAAAUUACCCUUAUUUGUUUGAGCGGUAUUUAUUACAGCUAUUUUAUUAUUAUUAUCAUUACCUGUAUUAGCUGCAGGAAUAACAAUGUUAUUAACUGAUAGAAACUUUAAUACUAGCUUUUUUGAUCCUGCUGGAGGAGGAGACCCUAUAUUAUAUCAACAUUUAUUUUGAUUUUUUGGUCACCCAGAAGUUUAUAUUUUAAUUAUUCCUGGAUUUGGAAUAGUAUCACACAUUGUAUCAACAUUCUCUGAUAAACCAGUAUUUGGUUAUUUAGGAAUGGUAUACGCAAUGUUAUCUAUAGGUUUAUUAGGAUUUAUAGUGUGAGCUCAUCACAUGUAUACUGUAGGAAUGGAUGUUGACACAAGAGCAUAUUUUACUGCAAGUACAAUGAUAAUAGCAGUACCAACUGGAAUCAAAAUAUUUAGUUGAUUAGGUACUAUGUAUGGAGGAAGUAUUAGAUUAAAAGUACCUAUGUAUUGAGCUUUAGGAUUUAUAUUCUUAUUUACUUUAGGAGGAAUUACUGGAGUAAUGUUAGCUAAUGGAGGAUUAGAUAUUGCUUUACAUGAUACUUACUAUGUUGUAGCACACUUUCAUUAUGUUUUAUCUAUGGGAGCAGUAUUUGCUUUAAUAGGUGGAGUAUAUUAUUGAAUUGGUAAAGUUACAGGUUAUGCUUAUCCUGAAACUUGAGGAAAAAUACAUUUUUGAUUAAUGUUUAUUGGAGUUAACUUAACUUUCUUCCCUCAACAUUUCUUAGGAUUAGCAGGAUUCCCAAGAAGAUAUAAUGAUUUUCCUGAUGCUUACGCUGAAUGAAAUUUAUUAUCUUCUUUUGGAAGUUUAAUUAGUGUUGUAGCUGUAAUAGUAUUUAUGUAUGUAAUUUAUAGAACAUUAACUGAUGGUGUAGUUGUAGGUAAUAACUACUGAAGAUCUAAAGAAUUAUUCGAAAAAGAAGGAGAUAUACCAACUAUCCAUUCUUUAGAAUGAGCUGAAACUUCUCCACCACAUUUCCACUGUUAUAAUGAAUUACCUUAUUUAGUAGCUUCUAGAACACAUACUUCUUAG